AUGAUUUCCGUCAACCUCAGCCAGGGCACCUCUCUGCCCGGAUGGACAACUGUCCUUUGUCUCCUGGUCGGCGCAACUGCCGCUUGUCUUUGGUUCCGUUUCCCGCUUACGCGUUCCACGCGGGCAUUGUCUUCGGUGAAGCCCACUUCAGAUUCCACACGGUCCGCUCGGUCAGGCGUCAGCCUCCGUCAAGUCAACCUUGACAAGAACGAGGCAAACACCGACAUCGACAUCAUUGCCAUUCAUGGCCUUGACACAAAGUCGCCGGACACGUGGGUAUGGGUAGACCCCAACGAUCCCAACAAUACCGUUAACUGGCUGGCCGACCGGCGAAUGCUCCCCAGCCGAGUGGGAGCAGCUCGCAUCUUCACAUGCGACUGGCCUGCCGACCUACGUCAGCAGUCGUCAGUUCCCACGACGCUCCACGAGUCUGCCCAGUCUUUGCGCGACAGCAUACAGCACCUAAAGGCAAAUACCACAAGGCCCAUUCUCUUCAUCGCAUCGUGUCUUGGUGGUAUUAUCUUGAUAAAGGCUCUCGAGAUUGAUAAUCAGCACACCAAGGACAACGCCGAUUCGCCUUCUCUCACAAGGACAACACGAGGCGUCGUGUUUUUGGCUACACCUUUCCGAGGCACUGCGUUCAAAAACAUGCCUGGCCUCCUAUUGAAAGCCCUGGCCGCCCUGCAAGACCGAACAGUGACUGCACUGAUUGAUUACACACUGGGCGCGACCCCCGACCUUGACGAACUUACGAAAGGGUUUAUAACGCUAACGAAGAAUCACAACUACCAAGUAGUCGUGUUCUGGGAAGCGAGGAAUACCGUUCUUCUCCGGAAGUUUCAUCUGGCUUGGAUAGUGUCGACAUGGAUCUUACUGGCGUGGCUAGUAGCUCUGACAUCAGCUUGGCUGCUUGAUUUGUUUUCACCUUGGCUACUCGUCUUUUUCCUCCUUUGGUUACCUGUGUUCUUGUCUUGCCAACCACAGCUGCUGGUCAAUAAGUACUCGGCAACCCUAUCGGAUUUUAAGACGCAGCGGCUUGAUCGACCCCACGUCAUGAUGAACAAAUUCGCCCACAGCAACUGCACAAAUGAGUGCAAGAAGGACUGCACGGAGAGUGAUGAUUUCGGCCAUGUGUCCCGCAAGAUCGAGGUAAUGCUCAAGAUGAUUCGUGAAGGAAGUCCACUCGAGCAAGCAGACGGUUGGAUUCGCAAAAGACACUAUACCCAGGAGAAACUGAAGAUUGAGCGACUUUCGGGCGAUACGUUGUCCAUGGAUCGCUGCUACAUCAAUCUCGCCAUUAUCGGGGAGCCUAGAGAAAACCCAGAGAAAGGAUCGGAAACGGACGCAGCACCUCACAAAUCCCCUUUUUCACUCACCGCUCGGCUGAAGGUUGAGACGCCGGAAAAGAAUAUUCAAGUGGAAUUGUCGUCUCUCUUCGAUCCGCGCAAAGACUCCGAAGGCCAAACGACAAACCCAAGAAGAAUCUUAAUCCAUGGACGCGCCGGGGUCGGGAAGACUACCCUGUGUAAGAAGAUGGUUCAUGAAUUUACCCGUCGUUCUGGAGAGUUUCGAAAGUGGAACGAGUUGUUCGACCGCAUACUUUGGGUGCCUCUACGGAGGCUGAAAGCAUGGUCAUCUCCGCUAUAUAACCUCGAGGGAUUGUUUUGUUAUGAGUAUUUUGACCAACACCUAAACUAUAGCAUUCUUGCUAAAGAACUUUUCCGUACGGUUGACAGUAAUGGCCAAAAGACUCUGUUUAUCCUUGACGGUCUUGACGAGAUAUCUCAACUCUUGGACGAUAAUCACCCGAAAUCCUCUUUGCUUAAACACCUGUUAAACCAACCUAGCGUUAUUAUUACAUCCCGACCGCACGUCUCACUCCCUAGGGGAGUCCAUUCCCCAGACCUUAUACUGGAAACCGUUGGGUUCUACCCGGCUCAAGUGGUCGAGUACCUUCGAGCUACAUUUAUUGAUGCGAAAACGGUCGAAGACAUUGAAUCGUACUUCCAAAUGCAUCAGCUAGUCCAGGGUCUUGUACGAAUCCCUGUUCAGCUGGAUGCUCUCUGCUAUACUUGGAAUAGUUUCGAGGAUAAAACUAUUCCGGGGACUAUGACCGCGAUGUACAAAGCCAUCGAGGAAAAUCUGUGGAAGAAGGAUAUUGUGAGACUGGAGAAGCGAACGCAGCGUCAAAUACGCGUCGUUCGCCGGCCCGAGAUCAGCAACUCUGCCGAAGAUGAGGUUCAACUUCUUGAGAUUCUCGCAUUUACUGGCAUGCAUAGCGAUGUUAUCGACUUUGAGCCAAGACAUCGCGACGCUAUUUCCGAGCAGUAUAAUCCCACUGGGACGAACUUCUUCCUUGAUGAGAUGCUCGGACACCUUUCUUUUGUACGAACCUCAGACCCCUCAUCAAAGGACCGCGAUCGAAAUUACCACUUCAUACACCUCACCUUUCAAGAGUAUUUUGCAGCACGGUAUUUCAUUCGACGGUGGAAAGCUAAACAACAACUCAAUUGUCUGCAACUUAGCGGUGGGAAUCGUAAUUAUAUCGAACCUGCUACUUUCCUUCAGGAGCAUAAAUACGAUCCUCGCUACGAUAUCUUCUGGCGCUUUGUCGCCGGCCUGCUUGAUGCUGACGGAGAGGCACUUAGCUUCUUCCAGACGAUUGAGAAGGAGCCACGCGACCUCCUGGGUCCUACGCAUCAGCGCCUAGUCAUGCACUGCCUAAGCGAAGUCGAACGGAAGGAGUCGAAUUUCACAGGACUUCGAGCGAGGCUAGAAAACCAACUAGAACAGUGGCUGCUGUUUGAAUGCGACUUUAUGGGGAGUUCCAUCUUAGCCCGCGAAAUGGAGUGUCCAGAGCAGGUUCUGGUCAGUACAUUAAAGCAAGCAUCUGAAGGUGCAAGGUCGAUUUUUCUGGACUCGCUAUCCAGACGAACAGCAGUGCCAUCCAGUAUUAUAAAGAUUGCAUCUUCCUGGCUGAACGACUGCGCUUCUAAACGCCUAUGUAUUGCUGUCUUGGGUCUCCUAAGACAUCAACGUCAUGGCUUACCGCAGGAGAUGCUGCAGGGCAUCGCAGCAAGGCUCGAGGAUCAGGACGCGGACGUGCGGCGAGCAGCAAUCGAGGCGCUUCAAGGGCGAGUCGACCUUCCGGAGGAGAUACUGCAGGGCGUCGCAGCAAGGCUCGAGGAUCAGGACGCGUUUGUGCGGGGAGCAGCAAUCAGGGCGCUUCAAGGGCGAGCCGACCUUCCAGAGGAGAUGCUGCAGGGCAUCGCAGCAAGGCUCGAGGAUCAGUCCGCGUUUGUGCGGCCAGCAGCAAUCAGGGCGCUUCAAGGGCGAGCCGACCUUCCGGAGGAGAUGCUGCAGGGCAUCGCAGCAAGGCUCGAGGAUCAGGAGUUGGUCGUGCGGAGAGCAGCAAUCGAGGCGCUUCAAGGGCGAGCCGACCUUCCGGAGGAGAUGCUGCAGGGCUUCGCAGCAAGGCUCGGGGAUCAGGACACGUACGUGCGGCGAGCAGCAAUCAAGGCGCUUCAAGGGCGAGCCGACCUUCCGGAGGGGAUGCUGCAGGGCAUCGCAGCAAGGCUCGAGGAUCAGGACGCGUACGUGCGGGGAGGAGCAAUCGAGGCGCUUCAAGGGCGAGCCGACCUUCCGGAGGAGAUGCUGCAGGGCAUCGCAGCAAGGCUCGAGGAUCAGCACGAGUACGUGUGGCUGAGAGCAAUCGACGCGCUUCUAAAUCAAGCAGAGUUAUCGUUAAACGUCCUCAGCCCAUAUGUCAAAUCCUUUUGCAAGGCUUUACUACGGAAGAGCUUUGAGAAGCAUCUAUACUGGCACGCUUCGGACCGUGGUUUUAUAGGGGUUAAUCUUACACAUAUACCUUUAAGUGGUAGUCAACAUGAAGGGAAGGAAGCGGUGAAGCUACUGUUAAAGAAUGGCGCCACUACCGUAGCGAUGGAGACAGACAGCCGCUACUACACUUAG